CCCCGCACGCCAGUUUUGCUGCAGACGCUUCGGCUACCGCCGCUGCCCCUACCGCCGAGGCUACUGCCGGUGAGGUGAGCUGAGCUGAGCUGAGCUCUGCUAACCUGAGGUGUGGUUUUGGGCUGGUGUCGCCGGCGGCCGAGGAGUAGGUGGAGAGCCGGGCCAGCGGGGACGGCAGGUCAGUCGCUGCUUUGUCUCCCCAGCUUCGGUCCCGUCUGCGCUGCUGCAGGGAGGCCGCCCCGGCCCGGCGAGCUGAACCAAUGCUGGACCUGGAGGUGGUGCCCGAACGCUCUCUGGGGAACGAGCAAUGGGAAUUCACACUGGGAAUGCCUCUGGCUCAGGCAGUAGCCAUUCUUCAGAAGCACUGUCGUAUCAUCAAAAAUGUCCAGGUUCUCUACAGUGAACAGUCUCCUCUAAGCCAUGACCUCAUCCUUAACCUGACUCAGGACGGGAUCAAACUGCUGUUUGAUGCUUUCAAUCAGAGACUUAAGGUGAUUGAAGUACAUGACUUGACUAAAGUAAAGUUAAAAUAUUGUGGAGUGCAUUUUAACUCUCAGGCCAUAGCUCCCACCAUUGAGCAGAUUGACCAGUCUUUUGGUGCAACCCAUCCUGGAGUGUACAACUCUGCUGAGCAGCUCUUCCACCUCAACUUCAGAGGACUGUCUUUCUCUUUUCAGUUAGACUCGUGGACCGAGGCUCCUAAGUACGAGCCCAAUUUUGCCCAUGGCCUGGCUUCUCUCCAGAUACCCCACGGGGCGACUGUGAAACGAAUGUACAUCUACAGUGGAAACAGCCUACAGGAUACAAAGGCUCCCGUGAUGCCCCUGAGCUGUUUCCUUGGCAAUGUGUAUGCUGAGAGUGUGGAUGUUCUUCGAGAUGGAACUGGACCUUCAGGUUUACGACUUCGGCUACUUGCUGCAGGUUGUGGACCUGGCCUAUUAGCAGAUGCCAAGAUGCGGGUAUUUGAACGUUCAGUGUAUUUUGGUGAUUCCUGCCAAGAUGUUCUUAGCAUGCUUGGCUCUCCACACAAGGUCUUCUAUAAGUCAGAAGACAAGAUGAAAAUUCAUUCUCCUUCCCCUCAUAAACAAGUUCCAUCCAAGUGCAAUGACUACUUUUUUAACUACUUCACUCUUGGAGUGGAUAUCCUCUUUGACGCAAAUACACACAAAGUGAAGAAGUUUGUCCUACACACCAAUUACCCUGGGCAUUAUAAUUUUAACAUUUAUCACCGCUGUGAGUUCAAGAUCCCACUAGCCAUAAAGAAAGUGGGACAACAUCCAGGAGCUUCUGGGCCACCCUGUGGAGAAGCCUGUUGUCCUGCACAGGUCCUCCUCCCCAAACAACACCAACCCAUUUGGCUCUACAUUCUGCUUUGGUCUUCAGCGGAUGAUUUUUGAGGUCAUGCAGAAUAACCAUAUUGCCUCGGUGACCCUAUAUGGCCCCCCCAGACCUGGUGCCCACCUGAGAACAGCGGAGCUCCCCUAAGGACAUCACCACCCUUGCCCCUCUGCCCUGUGGAGCUGUACAUCGCAUCCUGCUCAACGGGCCUCCAUGUGCCACCCUGUGGGUUUUCUUGGACACCUUGCCAGUGUUGAAAGGCUGUUGUGAUGUUCUGAGGUGGGGCUCAGACUGGGUGCUCUGCCAUGGGGUGAGAGGCCCAAAUAUUCCUCUGUCCGUCCUCAGUCUCCUGGUGCCAACAGAGGAUACAGACUGCAAAGAGAAGCACAAACUCUGAGCCUUGAUAUCUGGACCCAGGCGACCUCGACUAACACAUACAGAGGCAGAGUUCGGUCUCUCCUGUUCCACACACAUUGGGAAAAGUUGGGACUCCUUCUGUGGCUGAGGACACAGGCACCCGGGACGAAGAUGAGGUCCUGCCUUUGGCCCAUCGUUGCCACGUGACCCUUAAGGCAACAGGUGGCAUGUCCAUAGUACUUGGUUGCGACUUUUGCACUACAUCCACUUUAGUUACUUGAUGAGCUGGCUGUGGCCAAGGUGGCCCACCUGCCCUUCCCUGUUCCUUCCUUGCACGUGCUCCCUACCAGGCCCAGUAGGCACACCCAACUCAUUGAAACACAGCUUUUUACCACCCGGUAUGUGCCCAGGCCUGAUUCCUACCCCUCUUGGAGCCAGCCUUCAAGGUCAUCUGUGCCCCUGCUCUGCCCCAGCCUGGCUGGCAGGCUGCAUGUUUCCAUCCUGUUUGCCUCUUUUAUUUAAUGCCAAAGUUUUAGCCAAAGACAUCUUCCUCCUUUUAUUGUUUCAGCAUUCUGUUCUGCACUGUGGGUUGGCUCUCUUGCCCCAACCCUGGGCAAUGUCCCCUGGCCAGGCCCAUUCAUGGCUCAAGGCCUCUGGGGGCUCAAGGAAGGCUGGGCUGCUCAGUCUUUUCAUGGGUCUUGCUAAGGAAAGUAGCAUAUGUGCUUUAAAAACGAUCCUUUUGAAAUGAAUUGAGAAGAGAAAUGUAUAAUUUUAUCCCAUUUUUAAUAUUUUGGUCUAGCAACUUGUGAUACAUAGAUGACAAUUUUGUGAGUUUUUCAAAUGUGUGUACAGAUUUUGGUAAAUAUGACUCUUUUGUAAUUAACUCAUGUACAGCCUCAUCCUGUAGAGUUUAACAAUGAAUGUGCAGGGGACCUGCCCCAGGCUCCUAGGUGGUUCCUGGGCUUAAAGCCAGGCUUAUGUGGCGCUCCCAUAAUUUUGUGACUGACUGGUGUCUUCCCAUUUGGACUGUGGCCUGGCCAGAGACCCCCCUACACACACUUAUCCCACUAUAGGGGCAGCCAGGACUAUCCCCAUCUUCCUAGAAUAGGGGAAACUUCCUCAUGCCCUGCCCAUACCCCUCCAAUAAAGAUCUAUGCCCUCAGCAGCGACUCACCAUGUGCUGUUGCUGGGAUGUUUGUACUAAAA